UCGUAUUAUUUUGAGCCCUGCCGCUACCGAGUGGUGACGUUUACCGGACUGAGUCAAACGAUUUGGACACGCUCUGAUGCACAUGGACGCCAUGGAUCCAACUCGAGCUUUUGUCAAGGACGUUAAGCGUCUCGUAAUCAAGUUUGGGACUGCUGUUGUCACUCGGUCUGAUGGAAGGUUAGCACUCGGAAGACUAGGUGCACUUUGUGAGCAGAUCAAAGAAUUGAACUCUCAAGGAUAUCAGGUCAUUGUGGUCACAUCAGGUGCUGUUGGCCUUGGUCGCCAAAGGCUUAGAUACAGGAGUUUACUCAACAGCAGCUUUGCUGAUCUCCAAAAACCACAAGCUGAGCUUGAUGGUAAGGCGUGUGCAGCUGUUGGACAAAAUAACCUAAUGGCUCUCUAUGACACAUUAUUUAGCCAGCUGGAUGUGACAUCAGCUCAGCUUCUUGUGACUGAUAAUGAUUUUAGGGAUGAAGCUUUCCGAAAUCAACUUACUCAAACAGUGGACUCAUUGUUAGCUUUGAGGGUUAUUCCUAUAUUUAAUGAAAAUGAUGCUGUAAGUACGAGGAAAGCUCCAUAUGAGGAUUCUUCUGGAAUAUUUUGGGAUAAUGACAGUUUAGCAGGCCUACUGGCUUUGCAGCUAAAGGCUGACCUCCUUGUUCUAUUGAGCGAUGUAGAUGGUCUUUAUAGUGGCCCUCCUAGUGAUCCACGUUCAAAGCUAAUCCAUACAUACUUGGAAAAAGGUCAUCAGGGACAGAUUACUUUUGGAGACAAGUCGAGGGUUGGAAGAGGGGGUAUGACUGCGAAAGUAAAAUCUGCAGUUUAUUCAUCUCAGGCUGGCAUUCCUGUUGUUAUUACCAGUGGGUAUGCUACUGGAAGUAUCUUAAAGGUCCUUAAUGGGGAGCGUAUUGGCACUCUCUUUCAUCGAGAUGCCUAUAAAUGGGUACAAGUUAAAGAAGUUGGCGCACGUGAGAUGGCAGUUGCAGCAAGGGAAAGUUCCAGGCGGCUUCAGGCAAUGUCUUCACAAGACAGGAAGAAGAUUUUAUUGGACAUAGCCAAUGCGCUGGAAACAAAUGAAGAACUGAUUAAAAUUGAAAAUGAUGCUGAUGUUGAGGCAGCACAACUGGCUGGAUAUGAAAAAUCAUUGGUUUCAAGGCUGGUUCUAAAGCCUGGAAAGAUUUCAAGCCUUGCAAACUCAAUUCGUGUGCUUGCAAACAUGGAAGAACCAAUUGGUCAUGUUUUGAAGAGAACUGAGGUUGCAGAUGGACUUAUCCUAGAGAAGAUGUCAUGCCCAUUAGGUGUGCUACUAAUUGUUUUUGAGUCUCGACCAGAUGCUCUGGUACAGAUAGCUUCAUUAGCAAUCCGAAGUGGGAAUGGACUUCUCUUGAAAGGUGGAAAAGAGGCCAAGCGAUCUAAUGCAAUCUUGCACAAGGUUAUUACUGAAGCCAUCCCAGACAGUGUUGGGAAGAAACUAAUUGGACUUGUGACUUCAAGAGAGGAGAUCCCUAAUCUCCUCAAGCUUGAUGAUGUGAUCGACCUUGUAAUCCCAAGAGGCAGCAAUAAACUUGUUUCUCAAAUAAAGGAUUCAACAAAAAUUCCUGUUCUGGGCCAUGCUGAUGGCAUCUGCCACGUUUAUGUCGACAAGUCUGCAAAUAUGGAUACUGCAAAGCACAUCGUAUUGGAUGCAAAAGUAGAUUAUCCUGCAGCCUGUAAUGCAAUGGAAACACUUCUUGUACACAAGGAUUUAGUGCAGAGUGGUGGCCUCAAUCAGCUUAUUGUAGAGCUCCGCAAUGAAGGGGUUACUUUAUAUGGUGGACCAAGGGCAAGUGCCUUGCUGAAUCUUCCAGAGGCUCACUCUUUUCAUCAUGAGUAUAAUUCAAUGGCUUGCACUGUUGAGAUUGUUGAUGAUGUACAUUCUGCCAUUGAUCAUAUUCACCGACAUGGAAGUGCACACACCGAUUGCAUCAUCGCAGAAGACCUUGAAGUUGCUGAAGUGUUUUUGCGCCAAGUUGAUAGUGCUGCUGUCUUUCACAAUGCUAGCACAAGAUUUUGUGAUGGGGCUCGUUUUGGACUUGGGGCAGAGGUUGGAAUAAGUACAAGUAGGAUUCAUGCUCGAGGUCCAGUCGGAGUUGAAGGAUUGUUAACAACAAGAUGGAUUCUCAGAGGAAAUGGCCAAGUGGUGAAUGGCGAUAAAGGGGUUACUUACACCCACAAGGAGCUUACUUUGCAGCCCUAAGCCUAUCCCAUAGUUUGCUUGGUGGCGAUUUACUGAAUAAUGUAGGAUUGGGUAGUUUUGAUUUCAGUUUUUGUAAUGGUAGACGGGUCAAUAAUACUGGACCUUGGACCUUAAAGAGGUAAUUUAUCAAUAAAACAAUAUAUGUAUCCUAUAAUAGCUUUUGGUGGUUUCUCUC